AUGAGAAGUCGUGAUGCGGUGAGCAGUGGCGAGGAGGGGAGUGAGCGAGAUGACUCACUGCGAAGAGAUUCUGAUGCCGAUUUGGACAGUCUCGAUGACAAAAUCAAUAGAAUGUUGGAUCAGAUGGACGCGCAGCAGGAAAGGUCUGUUACUUGCAAUAUUGCUGAGUUUGAUUAUAUUCUUAUCAUAUAUUCAUCAAUAUUUUUGCAUUACCAAAGUUGA